AAAUCAAAACAUAUAUUUUUGACGUCUGUGAAAUCAAAAUAACUCCAAUGAUCAAGCCACACCUUUAAUUUAAAAUUUAGCGACUCUAACAAUUAAUAAUUCUUUAGUUUCAAAUAACAUAAUAUAACAUUUUAUAAAGCGUUACAUAUUUUUCAUUUAAUAGUCCCAUGUUUCAGUUGUUAUCAGGUUAAUUCUGUUAAAUUUAUAGCCAGUGUUAACCAAUAACGAUUUUACCAUGAUUUUAAAUAAUGCUGUAUGGAUUGUAGCCAUAAUAUCAGUGACUUCUAUUAUCAAAGUUACGAGUCUCGAAUGCUAUGUGUGUGAAAACCAAGAGGAUAACACAGAAAAGUGUGUUAAAACUAUUAAAACUUGUGAAUAUAAUCAAGAUGUUUGUUUGACGGAAAUAAAAUGGGGUAGCACCCCAUAUUGGUCACAAGGGGCAAAAAAGCAGUAUUACAUAUCAAAAAGAUGUUCUAACAAAACCGAAUGUGCUACUACAAGGCAACACUACAUGCCUCUAUGCACUCACAUCUGGUACCAAGAUUGGAUCUGCUCUGACUGUUGCAGAGGUGAUAGGUGCAACUAUUAUAUUAUUAGUGGAGGUGAAAUAAUGAAGCCAGCAUUUACUGUGCUAUUAAGUGCAGCAUUUCUAUUACAAUUAUAUUUUUUUUACUAAAUUUACAAUUUGACUGUAACAUGUAAGACUACAGUUAAGUGCCUUUUUAUUAUUUUUAGAAUAAGUACACAAAUAUACAUACAUUUUUUAUUAUUAUUAUUUGACAUAAAUAAUUUUGAAUUUGCAUUUUUUUGUCCUUACAUUUUUUUACAACAUAAUUUUAAGCUUGAUUUUAAUGAGAAGUAGAAGAUAAGUGUUAUGUGGUAAAUACCAAAUAUUACUCAUACAAAGUCAGGCAGGCAACUAGUUUUUAGAAUAAAAUUAGUAUGACUGAGUUUGAUGUAUUGUGGCAUAAAACAAAAUGAUUAUUAAUUUUUCUAUUAUAACUUGCCUUACAGAAUCUUUCACAGCUUUGAUAAGUUAUAGUUACUAUAACUGGCAUCUCUUUUUUGUGUAGUGGUGUAAUUUUUUUAAACUUAUAGACUAUCUUUUGAAUCUACACUUAUUAUUAUAUGUAUUAGCUUAAAACUAAUAUUAGUAUUAUGUAGGUCCAAUAUGAUACUGACUGUAUGUCUAUUGUUCUAUUUAAUUUUAAGACAAUUUAAUGAGAUCUGAUUAAUACAAUUAAAUAAUCUACAUGUUUAUGUACUUGACUGUAAAAAAUCCGUCCAAUAAAAUAUUAUUUUGUACUUUA